AUGUCGACAGAAGAAGAUAAUUUCGAUAUCGACAUCUACGGAGAGGAAUCCGCACAUGGCCAGGGGGGCGGCGACGAGUACUAUGAUGAGGACGACCACACCUUCACCGUCGACGAACCCGAGCCUGAGUCUAAGGCACCACCAUUUAAAACAGAAACGACCCCCGUGGACGGCAUGCACUCUGAGGAGACAAAGCCCCCACAGGGCGUCAAAAGGAAGACUCCUUCCGACGAGCGACACAUUGACUCCGACGCCACGACUGCACUGAUGGUUUCAGACCUGCAUUGGUGGACCACCGAAGACGAAUUGCGAGCUUGGGCAAACCAGGUGAAUGCUGAGACCGAGCUGAGAGAGAUCUCCUUCUCGGAACACAAGGUCAAUGGCAAGAGCAAGGGCCAAGCAUACCUCCUCUUCCAGUCGGCUCAGUCCGCCACUGCUGUCAAGCACAAAGUCGAGUCUCUGACUGAUGGCGCAGGCCAGGCACGCAAGUUCAGUGUCAUCUUCACCGGCCCUUCUUCCAACCCAUUCAAGACUAUGCCCAAGGAUGCGCCCGCGCGCAACAAGGAGGAGCGGCCGUCUCGAGGUGCAUACAACAGUGGCUAUUCUCGUGGCGACUACUCCGAUCGAGGCUCGUUUCGUGGGCGUGGUCGAGGCUAUGAUCGAGGAGGCUACAAUCGCAACUUCUCUGGCUCCAGCAGCGGACCCGGGUACAACAACAAUGCAUACGGAAACAACAUGGGUAUGAUGAACAAUUUUGGAUUCAACAACCGGGGAAAUAUGAUGGGUGGGAAUAUGCGAGGCGGUAACAUGGCCAUGAGGGGUGGGAGAGGUGGAAAUAUGGCCAAUAUGAUGCCCAUGGGGCCCAUGGGCGCCAUGCCAAACCUGGCCAACCCUAUGAUGAUGGCUGGUAUGGGUAUGCAAGGCUUUCAAGGCAACCAGUUCGGGCCUGGCAUGUUCGGUGCCGGUUUCGGUGGCGACUGGGGCCAGCCUGGAGCGAAAAGACAGCGGCAGGAAUGA